GUCGCCGGAAGGCCUGGAAAGGCCGCAUCAUCAAUCACAAGACAUUGGAGCUGCGAAGCCCAUCAGCUUGGCCCAAUGUCUCCUCAGUCCCCGACCGACGCCCGAGAUUCGCCCGCCUCGUCCGCGAGCGGCGAAAAGAAGCGCAAAGUCGCCGAUGCUUCUGCCGGCAAGAAGCGCGGAUACGGCGAAAGCGCAGGGCUCGCAAACGGCUCCAGCAGCCACGUCGUGCGGCGAUCAAGUAUAAGCAAGCCCGGGCGUGAUCAGCGCGACGAGCCCAUACUCAAGCACCGCAAGAAGCGGAAGCGCCGCCAGGUCGCCGAGGACCGACCAAAAGACAAUGGAGACCAAGUCCAGGCCUCUUCCGAAGCAACAUCCUUAUCACGACAGGAGAGCCCUGUCGUCGACUUCGACGGCCUCAGCCGGCCGAGCAUAGGCACACGCCAGCGAUUGGAAGAGAGCGAGAAAGAGAAGGCCGCUCGACUUGAGCGCAUGAAAGGAGCCGUCAAAACGCUGCUUGAAUGUGUUGGAGAGGAUCCGAACCGAGAAGGCCUUUUGGCCACGCCAGAACGAUAUGCCAAAGCCAUGUUGUUCUUCACUCAGGGCUAUGAACAAAACGUAUUCGACAUUGUCAAUGGCGCAGUCUUCCAAGAGGGACACAACGAGAUGGUUAUAGUAAAAAACAUCGAAGCCUUUUCCCUCUGUGAGCACCACCUGGUGCCCUUUACAGGCAAGAUACACAUCGGGUACAUUCCGAACAAUGCCGUUAUCGGUAUAUCCAAGCUUCCACGAAUCGCCGACAUGUUCUCUCGUCGGCUGCAGAUUCAGGAGCGCCUUACUAAAGAAAUAGCCAAUGCUAUUUUCGACAUUUUGCAGCCUCAAGGAGUCGCUGUAGUCAUGGAGUCGAGCCACCUAUGCAUGGUUAUGCGCGGGGUCCAGAAGACGAGCAGCACCACCAUCACAAGCUGUAUGCUGGGCUGCUUUGAACGCAGAGAAAAGACUCGAAACGAGUUUCUCAGCCUGAUUAAUGUUAACCGCCUCUAAGGCGUAGUUUUUUUUUUUCGCUUCCAGUCCUAUAUUCAACAUUCUGCCACUGGCUUUAACGGUGAGCUUCCCCCCUCACACGUCUUUAAGGGCAAAUGAUAUUCUUGCAUCAGCCUCUUUGCAGUCAUAUUCUGCAUUCUACCAUUCCUAUUUACUAGCAAAUUAUUUGAUCUGGCUGAAAAGCAUGGCAUUAUAAUACAAUAUAUGCCGAAUUGAAAUCGCUUUAGUAACAUACGGAUAAACAUUGCGUCCACUUUUGCCAUGCUCUGUAUGAUCAAUAAAGAUAUUUCUCAUACUGC